AUGUCUAACCGAUACGAAAGAGAAGCUGAAGACCGCUACGAGCAGGAGAAUGACCCUUCCCCUGUUGGGGGCGCCGUCUAUGACAACUCCUACGCGCACGAGACCACUCGCCAGGAGAGAGACCGAAUCCCAGUUCAGAGGGACGAUGAGGACUUCGAAGAUCCCAUGCAGCCCCCGUACUCGAACUCCAACCAACAGUUAGAUGAGGAUGAGUCGGAGGUCAUCAAUGACUCGAACAACAUGCAGACCGGGUCUCGGCUUCGUCACGCAAAGCCACAGACCCGUAACGCAUAUAAUGAAGGUCCCGGGGAAGACGAUCUACCCGCAGAAGCAUAUUGA